AGGUUUUUUCACUCCCACAAGGCAAACGGAGCUUGUCACUCUCUUACUGGCUUUUUCUGUUUCAACUGUUCUUUUCAUUUAGCUUUGCCAUCAAACUGCUAAACUAGUCUAGAAGAACUUUCAAGCUCAAAACCAUCCCAUCCCCACGUUGCAUGUCUAUUGAAAUUGAAAGUUCAAUCCCACAUUUGGGAAAUCCCCUCAAAACUCAUCUCUUUCUCUCUCUUCAAUAAAAGCUGCCUCAUUUGAACAGGUGAAAACCAGAAACUUUUGAACCAAAACCGAUCCACAGCUUAGUUUUCUAAACGGUUCUCUCAUUUACUUUCAAAUCUUAUUUAAACCCACCUUCAUGGUACUCUCUCACCAUCCCACAUGCGAUUUGGUUCUCCUCAAUCCUCAUGACUUAAUGCCUCGCAUAGGUUUUGUUUUCCAGAACCAAUGGACCAAUACCCAUGUGGCAGUAACCAAAGUUUAUUCUUUACUAAUAUCUUUAUAAGAUGCUCUUAAAGAGCCUUAUUCUUUCAUGAGGGAUAUUUUGAUGCAUUUUUGAGUAUUUUAGGAUUUAAUUCUUUUGGAAAUUCAAUACCCAGAAUUGAAAUUAAGAUGGCAUUGGAGAAUGGCAAGGAGUCUGGUAUUAUUAUUAGAUUCAAUCAGAAUAGACCUCUGCCAUUGAAACUAAUUCAAUUUACCUUAUUGUUUUUGGUUCUGGGUCUUGGGAUUUCGAUCAUCAGUAUGUAUACGUUUCGAUAUUUUGGAAUCCAAAAUUUAACUGCUGUGUCUAGGUCCAAUCUUAUUUAUCCAUGUUUUGAACCACCAAAUGAUUUGGAGAAUUGGAUUAGGCCUUCAACGAACCUGUUGCAUAAGAUGAAUGAUACAGAGUUGUUUUGGCGUGCUUCAUUUGUUCCUCGAGUAAAGGAAUAUCCUUUUAGGAGAGUUAAGAAGAUUGCUUUCAUGUUCUUGGCAAAAGGACCACUGCCGUUGGCACCUCUUUGGGAGAAGUUUUUCAAGGGGCAUGAAGGGCUUUAUUCGAUCUAUAUUCAUUCGCUGCCAUCUUAUGUUGGAAACUUUACCCCAUCAUCAGUGUUCUACAAGAGACAAAUCCCGAGUCAGGUAGUAGAGUGGGGAAGGAUGAGCAUGUGUGAUGCUGAGAGGAGACUCCUAGCAAAUGCAAUGCUUGAUAUCUCCAAUGAAUGGUUCAUCCUACUAUCUGAGGCAUGUAUUCCUCUUCAUAAUUUUAGCAUUUUCUAUCGCUACAUAUCCAGAUCGCGGCACAGUUUUAUGGGUUCAUUUGACGAACUUGGUCCAUAUGGAAGAGGACGCUAUAAUUCAAACAUGCAGCCAGAGGUCACACUUGAACAGUGGCGUAAAGGGUCUCAGUGGUUUGAGGUGAAUCGCAGACUCGCAAUUAACAUAAUUGAGGACACCACUUACUACCCCAAGUUCAGAGACUUUUGCCAGCCAGCAUGUUAUGUGGAUGAGCACUACUUUCCUACAAUGCUGAGCAUCAAACUUCCACAUCUGUUGGCGAACAGAACACUUACCUGGACAGAUUGGUCAAGAGGCGGGGCACAUCCAGCCACAUUUGGGAAGGCCGAUAUCACAGAGGAAUUCUUCAAGAGGAUAUUUGAAGGACAGUCUUGCACCUACAAUAACCAGCCAACAACUGUAUGCUAUCUGUUUGCAAGAAAGUUUGCUCCGAGUGCUUUAGAUCCUCUAUUAGCUUUAGCAUCUAAAGUUUUUGGGUUUUGAUAGGCAUAUGGUGGGUUAGAUGCAUACUUUGAGCAAAUGUUACCUAGGUAUGGGAAUUUAGACCUGGCUGAUCUAUUUCAAAUGAGUUAAUAGGGUAUUUAAACAUUGAUGUCAAAGCAUUUCACUUGUAUAGUUAUUCAGUUCCUAAAUCUCACUUUUAAAACAUCUUCAAUUAAUAAUACCAUAAUUUUCUUCUGCCA